AUGAAGCUUUCGAUUGAACUCGCGGUGCUUGGGUUGGUGUCUUUGCCCGGGGUCACCGCCUGGGGGCCUCUUGGCCACCAGACUGCAGCGUACGUUGCAACUUAUUUCGUUUCUAAUUCCACGGCGGCCUAUUUCAAAGACCUACUGGACAAUAAGAACGACGAUUACCUUGCUAGUAUCGCCGUAUUCGCAGACGAUAUUAAGGACGAUCCUGAAGGAAAAUUCACAAAAAACUUCCACUUCAUUGAUGCUCACGAUAAGCCGUACAAGGACUGCAAUGUCGAUUACGAGCGAGAUUGCAAAAAGGAUGGCUGUGUCAUCAGUGCCUUGACCAACUAUACAAAGCAGGCUAUUGAUCGCGAACUACCCGAGGAAGACCGCCGGUUCGCCGUGAAGCUCCUCGUUCACUUCAUUGGCGACUUGCACCAGCCGCUUCAUAACGAAGAUGUUGGACAAGGAGGGACCAAGAUAUGGGUCAAGUGGCAAUCUGAGCGAAGAACGCUGCAUUCGGUAUGGGAUUCGGCAAUUCCUGAAGAGAUGGCCGAGCAUCUGAACGAGAGGCGGAAACGACCGACGUUGGCGUGGGCCUUGGAAUGGGCAAGUGAACUAUCAGACGAGAUAUCCAAUGGGAAAUUCGCGAGUGAGAGGGAUUCCUGGCUGAAGAGUUUUGACCUGUCGGAUCCCCUCAAGACUGCAAUGCACUGGUCGAAUGAAGCCAACGACAUUGUGUGCUCCAACGUCUUUUAUGAGCACUAUGGGCCUGAGGAAAUCAAGCAUAAAGAGCUCAGCAAUGAUUAUUAUGAUCAGGCUGCUCCGGUUGUUGAGAAGCAAAUCGCGCGUGCAGGAUAUCGAAUGGCGGCGUGGUUGAAUGAGAUUGCUCGCAAUAAAUGGGGAGGUGAGAGCAACGGUGAGCUUUGA